GGUCGGAGCAGAAACAGCCGUCAAAGCAAAAUGUCCUCAGUGCCUGAUGGAAAGAAGCUGGUCCGGAGUCCCAGCGGCCUCCGCAUGGUCCCGGAAAACGGCGCCUUUAACAGCCCCUUCUCCCUAGACGAGCCGCAGUGGGUUCCGGAUAAAGAGUGUCCGAGAUGCAUGCAGUGUGACACCAAGUUCGACUUCAUCAGAAGAAAGCACCACUGUCGGCGGUGCGGCCGGUGCUUCUGCGAUAAAUGCUGCAGUAAGAAGGUGGCGCUGCCCCGCAUGUGUUUCGUGGAUCCCGUGCGGCAGUGUGCCGAGUGCAGCCUGGUGUCCCAGAAAGAGAUGGAGUUCUACGACAAGCAGCUCAAAGUGCUUCUGGGAGGUGGCACCUUCGUCGUCACUUUGGGAACGUCAGAGAAGUCUGAAACCAUGACGUGCCGCCUCUCCAACAACCACAGGUAUCUGUUCCUGGACGGUGAAAGCCACUUCGAGGUGGAGCUGUCUCGGAUGUCCAGCAUGCAGAUCCUGACAGACGGGACGAGUCCAGGAGGGACGUCACGGGCCAGUGGUAUGCUGCUCCAUUACAAGCCAAUGGGCUCUCAGGACGCCCAGCAGCUCCGCAUGGAGGCAGCGGACGACAAGAAGGUGGCCUCGUUGUGGUUGGCUGCAAUGCACAAGGCGGCCAAACUUCUGUACGAAGCUCGGGACCAGUGACGUGCAGAACGCCUGCAAGACUGAACCUCCAGGCAGCACACACCCAAGUGUUUUGUACCCGUCUCACCGGGGUUUGGUAUCUUUUUGGAUUUUAUUAACGCCAGUUCUGAUUCUGCUUAUCCGUCUGAUUCCUCAUCGGGUCUUGAUACCAGUUCUUAUCAUGGUAAUUUUUUGCAAGAAAGAAAAGUUUAUAGAAAACAAACACUUUAUUACCUCUAUAACCAGUACUUUGUACUUCAUGUUUACCACACGUGGGCUGAUUGUUCUUCCUUUUUGCAUUUUGCUCUUUGAUUUGAACAUGAAUCAGGGCAUGCAGCAUUAAUGUUUAUAUAUAUAAAAGUGUGACAAACUGAGCAGUGAGGCAGCAGGAGCAGAAGCUUUCCAACACUAGUUAGUAUCUUCUGACUUUUGGAGGCUUCUGCGUCUGAUUCCUGCUCUUUUACUUUCUCAGAUUUGAGAACUGGACAUUUUGUUCGCCACGUGAUCCUGUGAUACUUACAGUUCGUUUUUAUAACAUCCAUGAAAUGUGACAUUACACCUUUCAUAAAACCAUUUUUUCAUAACUUCACAGAUGCCACAGUUGUUUUAAUGACGACACGAUAAUUUUAUAUGCUGCUGUUCAAUUUUCUUUAAAUUUUUUUUUCUGUCAACGAGGAUUUUAUUUCCUGGUAGAAGUGAUGCGACACUUUAUGGAUCCCUGUGGGAUCUUCGCUGACCCUGCUUCCGUAGAGGUCGGCCAAACAGCACCAAGUAGGGACGGAGCGUCUCGCUCAAGGAACCUUCAGCAGAACCCAGAUCUUCCACAUAAAGCAAAGGCCACAGGUUAAAGGACAAAUCCGCCUUAAAACCCUUUAAAGCAGAUAGAAAAGCAGCUGUGUGGGAUGGACUUUGCAUUUCAGGGAGUUUGUUUGGUUUAGCUUUUGGUAAUCUGGAGAACACAGAGCAGCGUUUAGGAGCUAAAGAGCCAGAUAUUUCCCUCAGCAGGUGGUGGAGACCAAAAACAGAGCUAAAAGAGAGGGAACACUGGGCCCCCCUCCACAUGAAUGAUCAGGUUCUUCUGUAACUGCUGGAUGUGGAGAUUAGCAACUGUUUGCUCUCAAGUUCAACAUGUAAACUUAAAGGUCAAAUGCUAGUGUUGUGUUUACGACUUAUUCCCGCUUCCCUCAAGUGGCCAAAUGUUGUUGUCGCAGGUUUGAAUCAACAACUUGAGUCACCUGCCGAAUAAAUCUAGACAUUUAUACACACAUACACAGGUGAAUUUAAAUAGACCUGGCAGUUGUGACACAGCUGGAUUGGAUGGAAAUUGGCUGUUGAAUAUUACGAUUAAAUGUCAGGUUUUAAUGCCAGUUAUUUAAAAUCAAGGGCAAAGACUUUUCUCUUGGUGUUUAAUUUUAUUUUCAGCAAAUUGAGCAGGCAGUGAGGGGCAUUCUGGGAAAUGUAGGACAGGUAGAAGAGGCAGCUUGAGAGAAUAAUCCCCUGAAAUGCAAAGAACAUUACAGAUUCAUCCACAGUUUAUAUAAAAGUGACGUCACCUGGUUGAUUUUUCCUUUAACAGUUGAGUUUGAGAUUUAAAGUUCAGGUGACACGUUAAUGUUUUCCUCUCUGUGGGUUGUGUCAGUAAUUCUUCCCUCUGCUACGAGUAUUUACAGAUUUAAAUCUUUGGGUGUCUGAGGAGACUUCAGACUAUUCACUGAUUCUUGUGAAGCAUAAAAACACAGACACAUAAUAAAUGCUUUAAAUGUAGUUUCAUGUAUUCAAGUUUUGUAUGAGCUAUUUUGUUUAAUAUUCCUACUUUAACACGAGGUGUGUGUAUACGUACUUACAUCAUUUUUAAAGCUGAAGUAUGACUAUAGUUUUUGUAACUCUUGUAUACAGUUUGUUUCCUUAUGUCCUUACUCUGAGGCCUAAACAGAGUCUGUGUUUCCUCUCUGUGUUAUUGUCAUUGUGCAGAGACACAACCACGAUGUCAACUCGCCGCCUUCCAUCAACCAAACGCCGUUCACCUCUGGUUGAGUUGGUGGGUUUGUCAGUUUGGCAGGUUGUUAGUCGUGCUCCCGAGGACCUAUUGUAAACAGAAACCUAGUUUAGACAGAGGUGGUGAGUGAGUUGACUAAAUUUUAGUGCGAGAAGAAAUGUAAUCAUCGCUGCAGCCAAAUAUAUAAAUAUAUGCUCCGGUUGUUGAAAAGAUUUCUGAUAGUUAGCCCCAGUCUGUGCCUCUUAUUUAUUAUCAUUUUGCGUCACAUUAAAAGAAUUCAACUAGUCAAACAGGGAGUGACUUUUAUUGUGAAGCAGCCACAGGAAGUCAUUGAUCAGUCGAGGCGUCUAAAAAACAAGAUGCAUAUUCUGCGUUGUUGACUUAUUUAUUAAAGCAGCUCAAGUUUUCUUGGUGGUGCUGUAAACAGACACACCAGUUGUUGUUCUGAGUUAAAUGCCACAGAAACCACACGUGUCACUAAAUCAACCCUUUCUGCUGUUUAUAAUGUUUCCUGAAUCCUCAACAACUCUUUUAUCUGCUGCACGUUGAUAAAGAUUUUUUACUUCUUUUAAGUGGAUGAAAAUGACAUUUCCUUCCCCAAAAGUUUUUGUUAAUGUACAAGUUGAGUAUGAACUUUUUUUUUGUUUUUAUAGUAACAUCUUAAUAUGGAGUUUGAGUCUUUUUUUAAUCUUUCAGCAGACAGAAUAUUUUUUCAUCCAGAUGUUUAGUAGCUGUAACUUCUGGGGUUUUCAAAGAUUUCUGGGUAUAGAUAUUUUUCACAAAAACACAAGUGAAAUUUAACUGUUAUACAUGAGAGGUGCAGGCUGGGGCCGUCUGAAAGUCAAACUUCUUUUUAGUUGAUAUUUAAAGUUUUCCUAACCCCGAGUUUCUCCUGAUGCAAGUGUUUGAUGCCAUGUCAGCACUGUGACAUUACUCCUACAGAUCCACCCACAAAGCCCCAGUUUUCCUUUAAUUUCCCUCUUUAAAUUUUGAAAGAAGGAAAGAAAGCAAGAACAUUUUGAGGCACUGUUUGAUCCUAUAACAAAGUCAAGAUGUGUAUUUUUUGACAUUUUCAUAAUUGAAAAUCCAUUUCAGCCUAAACAUGAAGUGAAUUUGUACAUUUAAGCUUUAAUUUAAGAUGAUGCAAGAUUGUAAACUAAGCUUAUGUGUUGUGUUGUGACACAAAACUCUUGACUGUGCUUACUAGCUUUUUCAGGAGCUUUCAGCCAUAUCUCACAGUCUUCCUCAGCAGGUGGUGUAUGCUCAGUUGUCACCUGGUCACUAACCACCUUUAUAACAGGUCAUCAUACUUUAUUUGAAUUAUUCCGUGUGUGAUGAAUACUAGUCAAACUAUGCUGAGAUGCAGUUGAAAUCUCUGGAAAAAAAGAUAGUAAGUGGACCUUGAGUUA